AUGGAAAAAGUAGCUUUCAAAGAAAGAAGCAGUGUAGCCAAAGUGAUGGGGACAAUAUUGUCAUUAGUAGGCGCACUUGUGGUGGUUCUCUACCACGGUCCACGUGUCUUCGUCGCAUCUUCUCCGCCGUAUCUAAACCUCCGUCACCUUUCUUCGCCGUUAUCAUCUUCAAACUCGGAUUGGAUCAUCGGUGGAUGUCUUCUUACCAUUAAAGACAUCUUCGUUUCUGUUUCUUUCAUCCUACAGGCACAUAUAAUGACUAUAUAUCCAGCAGCAUUCACAGUCUCCUUUUUCUAUACUCUGUGUGUUUCAAUCUUGACGUCGGUGACUGGACUCGUAGUCGAGAAGAACAAUCCAAGCAUUUGGAUCAUUGCAUUCGAUAUUACUUUGAUAAGCAUUGUAACUAUGGGAAUAUUCACUCCAGUAUACUACGUGAUUCAUUCAUGGACAGUUCGUUACAAAGGGCCUCUUUACUUGGCGAUAUUUAAGCCAUUGUCGAUUUUAAUAGCAGUGGUUAUGAGCGCGAUUUUCCUCGGCUAUUCUCUCUAUCUCGGAUGUUUGAUGGGAGGAGUUUUGAUAACGAUAGGGUUUUACGCUGUGAUGUGGGGGAAAGCAAACGAAGAGAAGACUCGGUUAUUGUCAGUUUUAGAAAAAGAGAAGAUCCCUCUUCUAUUGAACCACAACGAGGACCAAAUUUAA